CAUCUAGCAUCCUGCAAAGUGCUCUCUCUACAUUUUCAACAUGAGGAAGUGUAUUUCAAGAAUCUUUCAAAACAGAAACAAAAGGAAGUCAUGGAGAAGAAUGGAAACAACCACAAACUUCGUGUUUGUGUUGCUACUUGCAACCGUGCUGAUUAUUCAAAAUUAGCUCCCAUUAUGUUUGGUAUUAAGGCAGAACCACAGUUCUUUGAGCUUGAUGUCAUAGUGCUUGGUUCCCACCUGAUUGAUGAUUAUGGCAAUACCUAUCGUAUGAUUGAACAAGAUGACUUCGAUAUUCAUACAAGAUUGCACACCAUUGUGAGAGGGGAGGAUGAGGCAGCUAUGGUGGAGUCAGUGGGCCUUGCAUUAGUCAAGUUACCAGAUGUCCUGAACCGCCUGAAACCUGACAUAAUGAUAGUUCAUGGGGACAGAUUUGAUGCUUUGGCUCUGGCCACAUCUGCAGCCCUGAUGAAUAUUCGCAUUCUUCACAUUGAAGGUGGGGAAGUCAGUGGGACCAUUGAUGACUCUAUCAGACAUGCUAUAACCAAACUGGCCCAUUACCACGUGUGCUGCACAAGGAGUGCAGAACAGCAUUUGAUAGCCAUGUGUGAAGACCAUGACCGCAUCCUUUUAGCGGGAUGUCCCUCAUAUGACAAGCUUCUUUCUGCAAAGAAUAAGGACUACAUGAGUAUUAUACGUGUGUGGCUAGGUGAAGAUGUCAAAACCAGAGAUUAUAUAGUUGCUCUGCAACAUCCUGUAACCACAGAUAUUAAACAUUCCAUAAAGAUGUUUGAGCUGACACUAGAUGCACUCAUCUCCUUCAACAAGAGAACACUUGUUCUCUUCCCCAAUGUGGAUGCAGGAAGCAAAGAGAUGGUUCGGGUGAUGAGGAAGAAGGGCAUUGAACAUCAUCCCAAUUUUCGGGCAGUAAAACAUGUCCCAUUUGACCAGUUCAUUCAGCUAGUUGCUCAUGCUGGUUGUAUGAUUGGUAACAGCAGUUGUGGUGUCAGAGAGGUGGGAGCAUUUGGUACACCUGUCAUCAACCUAGGGACACGUCAGACAGGAAGAGAAACAGGUGAAAAUGUCCUUCAUGUUCGUGAUGCAGAUACACAGGAUAAGAUUCUGCAUGCUCUACAGUUGCAGUUUGGUAAACAGUAUCCAUGCUCAAAAAUAUACGGAGAUGGCAAUGCUGUUCCAAGGAUUUUGAAGUUCCUUAAAUCUAUUGACCUCAAAGAGCCAUUGCAAAAGAAAUUCUGUUUUCCUCCUGUCAAAGAUAAUAUCUCUCAAGAUAUUGACCAUAUUCUAGAGACACAGAGUGCUCUGGCUGUGGAUCUAGGUGGAACAAAUCUCCGAGUAGCAAUUGUCAGUAUGAAGGGUGAAAUAGUUAAGAAGUAUACACAGCUCAACCCUAAAACUUAUGAAGACAGACUAGAAUUAAUCCUAAAGAUGUGUGUGGAGGCUGCAUCAGAGGCAGUAAAUGUGAACUGCAGAAUUUUGGGAGUGGGUAUUUCCACAGGUGGACGGGUAAACCCCCGAGAAGGAAUUGUGCUUCACUCUACAAAACUCAUUCAAGAGUGGAGCUCUGUGGAUCUCAGAACUCCAAUAUCCGAUGCCUUGCAUCUGCCAGUCUGGGUCGACAAUGAUGGAAACUGUGCUGCUCUAGCAGAGAGGAAAUUUGGUCAUGGAAAAGGAAUAGAAAAUUUUGUAACACUUAUUACUGGUACAGGAAUUGGAGGUGGAAUUGUUCAUCAACACGAAUUGAUCCAUGGCAGUUCUUUCUGUGCUGCUGAGCUUGGGCAUAUUGUUGUAUCUUUAGAUGGACCAGAGUGCCUGUGUGGUAGCCAAGGAUGUAUAGAAGCAUAUGCCUCUGGAAUAGCAUUACAGAGAGAAGCUAAAAAACUGCAUGAUGAGGAUCUGCUUUUAGUAGAAGGAAUGUCAAUGAAGAAGGAGGAGGUUGUUAGCGCUGCACAUCUCAUUCAAGCAGCUAAACUUGGGAACACAAAAGCAGACAGCAUUCUUAGAACAGCUGGGACAGCACUAGGCCUUGGAGUUGUGAACAUUCUGCACACCAUGAACCCUUCUCUUGUGAUCCUUUCUGGAGUUCUAGCUAGCCACUACGUUAAUGCUGUCAAAGAUGUGAUAAAUCGACAGGCUUUGUCCUCUGUUAAAACUGUAGAUGUGGUGGUCUCAAAUCUAGCAGAUCCUGCUCUUCUUGGAGCUGCUAGCCUGGUACUGGAUUAUACUACACGUAGAAUAUACUAGGUACCUAGAAGAAUUAUAGAAAUGGACUAUUCAAAUUCCUAAUCGGUGGAGGGAAUACUUGCCUAAAAUUUUUGUUUGAUGAGAGCAGCUACUGAAUCAUAGUGUUCUGACUAGUUAGUGACUACUUCAGUGUUUUCUAACUGAGGUACUAUCUUUUUGUAUUUUUCCCAAAUUUCAUUUGACUUCAUAGGAACUCACGUGUAAUUCUGUUGUUUUUAUUAACCUCUGUUGGUAAGCCCCUAUGUUGCUUUAAGUGUAGCUGAAUUAUUUAUGAGCCUAUCUUGAUGUAUGGUGGGGAGUGUGUGUAUGGUGUGUCAAAUUAUAGCAAAUACUUGGGGAUCCAUAUCUCAUUUCCCAUCUAUGUGAAAUGAGAAGUCUAGAAUAUGACCAGCUUUUCAGUUUCCACGCUUCCACCCACGAAGUAAAUACAAUGUAAUCACCAAUAGCAGGUAGUAAUUUCAGUGGGUGGAAACGAGGGAAAUUGCCUCUACAGUAAAAAAGGCUGCAUUUAGAAACUGCAGUUCAUUAAGAACUUGGACGAGGCAGUUAUUUAUUACAUCAUCUUUAGAGGGCGGAGUCUCAUUUUAGAAGCUUUGCAUAUGUAGAAAAAAGACCAUAGUCUAGUGAGCUUACAGCUUGCAAAACAGUCCAAAGAAAUGUACAAGUGUAGUGGUGACCAUCUUUGUCUCCUGGCUAUGGCCCACAGUAAAUUACCUGAAUUUUAUUGUUUGGGGUUUUUUUAAGGGACUUAGUUUACUACUUUGUCUACCAAAUUAACAGAGAAGGGACCAUUUAUUCUUGUGUAGCCAGCUAGCUGAAAUUUAGCUAUGUGGUGCAUCUGAUAAAGAGUCUAUGUUUCAAGAAAACUCUUCUACUGUUCAGUGACAUAGUGCAUCUCCUCAGCAGUUCUGGUGGCUGCAGGUACACUGUUCUUUUCUUGCAUUCAUCAUCAGCUUGCAGGAUGGAAAGUCAAAUCUGAUCUUCAUCCUCACCUUCACAUAUUCAGAAGCCUGAGAGCAAAGCGUGUAAAAAACCAAAAGCUUGCCAAGAUAAACCAUGGUUUAUGUUUCUUUAACUAAUCCUUCUUGAUAUACAGCUCUGUGUCUAUCCAGCUGCUUUUUAGCACACUUUCAAGAUCCUGUAGUAAUAACUAUUUAUCAUAAAGAGAAACUGAAAACCAGACCCAUCUAAGUGAUCAGCUAUCCCAGAAAAAAAGAUACCUGUGGAGAUAUCUAUCCUCUGUCCUGCAUUUAAUGGCCUAUUUUGACAUCUGACUCAGUCACAGAUGAUAUUCUUAGAAACCCAGUAACGUACUAGUACACAGGAAUAAUAAGGGUUAUAUCCACACUCAAAUGUCUUUUCCAACAAAACACCCUUCUGCAACCACUGCCCUCUGCUGUGCAAUAAUCUUGGACUGAAUAGCUGUUAGUAUAGUGAGCAACUCCACUAGCUAAUUCUGGGAUAUAAUUACACAAGUUGCCUUCAAAGGAAUGCUUACUGAGAACUCACAUCUUCCUAGCAGAUUUUAGAACCACCACCUGAUCCCCUUCUUGCUUUCUCCAGGAAUAGCUGCGCAGCCACUAUAUUGUAGUUUUUCUCAGAAUCUGCAAAGACUGUCUCUUAAAGCCUACUACAACUUUGCACAUGGUUAUGUCACCAGGGUUUCUUAGUUUCUUUUCCUGUGUUUUCUUGGUUUACUUGGUGUUUCCCACUAAUUUCAAUAAUAGAGCAGUAGCUCCAUGAGCAGGCCAAGGAGAAAUCAGCUUUGCUCUACAGUAGUAGCAGCUUAGGUCAGGAGUAACAUUAUUGAGGCUGUUAACAGAGAGGAGCCCUGUCAUUUAUCUUUCUAUCACAAGGAAUGCCUGACUAAAAGUGGGACCAAGCUUUUGCUUUCCAGACCUCUUGAAGCUCUAUAUUUUUGAUAUAUCACAUUCAGAUAUGGGUGGUGAGCAGCUCUAGGGAGGAUGCAGGCAUAGUGAAAAGAUGAAACAUUAACGCAUUUGAAAAAAUUUAUCUAAAUACCUUUAAUGUCUAGUGCUAUUAAGAAAAUGGUUUUUCAGAUGCUUUUGAAAAUGUGUUUUCUGUCAACUGGACAAGAACCUGCUGCAAGUGCAAGUGAUGCAGAAAUAUUGCACUUUUCCCUGAGAGGCCUGUGGGUUUAUAAAAUCAGAAAGAAUAAAAAAAAAAAAUCAUAUUUAAAAGCA